UUGGAAAUAAAGUUGGAAACGGUCAAGAUGCUCCAUUAGCCUUGGCUAGGAUGCGUUAUGCGCAUGAAUUAGCUAUAGAGCGCAUUAAUUUGGUUCAAGAGAAGCCUAAAUUAGGAUUUUGGAGUACUUUAUGGAAAUUAGACAGAACUGUCCGUAAAAUUUGUCCCAAUUCUAAAACUACUAUUGCAUCCAAUCCCUCUCAUCCAUACAAGAAUUUUGGUUCAUUUGCUACUUAUAUUCCUGUGUGGGAAAAAUCUUCACCUUGA